AUGGUUCGAACUAUGUUUGUGAAUCCCUUCAAGGCCCACCACGUCGACGAGUUCCCGGGUGUUCAUGUGCCUCUUGAUGAUUCAACCCAUCGCGCUUCUGUAGCUUCCACUCACCCACGCGCCUCCCUCGGAAAUUCAGAGAAAGCCAAAGAGGAUGAGCCCAACGACCUUAGGCGACCUGAAAGUAAUGCAUCAAGUGGUGUUGUUAACCAUGGCAUGACAGUCGCAGCAUUAAAGGCAGAGAUUGAAGCAGAUGUCGCCGCCUCAGACCAAGACACGCCAUAUGACCGCAAGUCCAAGGUCAUCAACAGAGCUUUGCAAGAUAUGGGAAUGGGUCGCUACCAAUGGCAGCUUUUCGCUCUUUGUGGUGGCGGUUGGAUGGCCGACAACUUGUGGCUGCAGGGUGUCGCUCUAACACUGCCUCAACUUAGCGCUGAGUUUGGUGUCAGCGAAACGGAAGUCAGAUACACCACACUAUCGCUCUUCCUCGGUCUCUGCAUUGGCGCGUCUUUCUGGGGUACCGCAUCCGACAUUGUUGGCCGCCGUCUCGCUUUCAACUUCACUCUUUUCCUCGCCGGUGUCUUCGGUCUUGCUUCAGGCGGCGGCCCCAACUGGAUUGGCACAUGUGCACUGUACGCAUGUAUCGGUCUCGGUGUUGGUGGAAACCUUCCAGUCGAUGGCGCUUUGUUCCUCGAAUUCCUGCCCCAAACAUCCGGAAACCUCUUGACGCUACUUUCCGUUUUCUGGCCUGUUGGUAAUUUGAUCGCUUCGCUGCUGGCCUGGGCUUUCAUUCCCAACUUCUCAUGCCCUUCUGGUACUCCCAUUGGGCAGUGCAGCAAGGCCGACAACUGGGGCUGGCGAUACCUCAUCUUGACCCUCGGUGCGAUCACGUUCUUCAUGUUCAUCUGCCGCUUCUUCCUCUUCCAUCUUUACGAAUCGCCCAAGUUCCUGUUGUCUCGUGGUCGCCAGGCUGAGGCCGUCGCUACCGUCUACGGUAUCGCCCACUACAACAAGACGCACACCUGGCUCACCGAAGACAUCCUCAACCAAAUUGGCGGCGACCAAGAAGUCACCCAAGAAGACACGAAGCUCAGCGUGUUCGAGAUUAUCAAGCGCUCCCUCAGCCGAUUCUCGAUGAAGCGCUUCAAGACAUUGUUCCAGGAUAAGAAGAUCGGUCUCACCACUGCCCUUUUGUGGUUCCAAUGGACGACUAUCGGUAUGGCAUACCCGCUUUUCAACGCUUUCCUCCCACAGUAUCUUGCCAACUCUGGUGGUGAUGUUCAGAACGACACCAGCACCGUGUACCGCAACUACGCCAUUACUGCCAUCGUCGGUGUUCCUGGAUCGAUCAUCGCUUGCUACACCGUCGAUAUCAAGUACGUUGGUCGCAAGGGUACCAUGGCCAUCGCAACCGUCAUCACCGGCGUCUUCGUGUUCCUGUUCACCAUCUCAUCCGACUCCGACUUCCAGCUCGCUUUCACCUGUCUUGAAGCAUUCUUCCAGAACAUCAUGUAUGGUGUUCUGUACGCGUACACACCUGAGGUCUUCCCUGCACCUAUCCGUGGUACUGGCACUGGCAUGAGCAGUUUCUUGAACCGCGUUGCUGGACUAUGCGCACCGAUUGUUGCUAUCCAGGCUGGUGACAGUAAUCCCAAGGCCCCCAUCUACGCCAGCGGUGGAUUAUUCAUUGCGGCGUUCUUCAGUAUGCUGAUAUUGCCAAUUGAGACAAGAGGCAAGCAGACUUUGUAG